AAGUGACGUCGGAGUGUCAACAUGCAAGAUGGCGGCGCAUCACCGGCAGAACACAGCCGGGCGGAGGAAAGUGCAGGUUUCCUACGUUAUUCGAGAUGAAGUGGAGAAGUACAAUCGGAACGGAGUCAAUGCAUUGCAGCUGGACCCAGCGCUCAACAGGCUCUUCACAGCGGGGCGGGACUCCAUCAUCAGAAUAUGGAGUGUCAAUCAGCACAAGCAAGACCCGUACAUAGCAUCUAUGGAGCACCACACAGACUGGGUGAACGACGUUGUGCUCUGCUGCAGUGGGAAGACGCUGAUAUCUGCUUCCUCUGACACAACGGUCAAAGUGUGGAAUGCGCACAAAGGGUUCUGCAUGUCCACACUCAGGACACAUAAGGAUUAUGUAAAGGCUUUAGCGUAUGCCAAGGAUAAAGAGCUGGUAGCAUCAGCUGGAUUGGACAGACAAAUAUUCCUUUGGGAUGUGAAUACUCUAACAGCAUUGACUGCCUCAAAUAACACAGUCACAACUUCUUCUUUAAGUGGGAACAAAGAUUCCAUUUACAGCCUGGCCAUGAACCAACUGGGAACAAUCAUUGUAUCGGGUUCCACUGAGAAGGUUCUAAGAGUGUGGGACCCACGAACGUGUGCGAAACUCAUGAAGCUGAAAGGGCACACAGACAACGUGAAGGCCCUGCUGCUGAACAGGGACGGCACACAGUGCCUCUCUGGGAGUUCUGACGGGACCAUUCGCCUGUGGUCCCUUGGCCAGCAGAGAUGUAUAGCAACAUAUCGAGUCCACGAUGAAGGCGUCUGGGCUCUGCAAGUCAACGAUGCCUUCACACAUGUGUACUCUGGAGGGAGGGACAGGAAGAUUUACUGCACAGACCUAAGAAACCCUGACAUUCGGGUGCUGAUUUGUGAAGAAAAAGCACCAGUCCUCAAGAUGGAGCUGGACAGAUCAGCAGAUCCCCCGCCUGCGAUCUGGGUUGCAACGACAAAGUCCACGGUAAACAAGUGGACACUGAAGGGAAUUCAUAAUUUCCGAGCCUCUGGUGAUUAUGACAACGACUGCACCAAUCCCAUAACGCCGCUCUGCACACAGCCUGACCAGGUCAUUAAAGGGGGCGCUAGUAUCAUUCAGUGCCACAUCCUUAAUGAUAAGAGGCAUAUAUUAACCAAAGACACAAACAACAAUGUGGCCUAUUGGGACGUGUUGAAGGCAUGCAAGGUGGAGGACUUGGGCAAAGUGGACUUUGAAGAAGAAAUAAAGAAAAGAUUUAAAAUGGUGUAUGUUCCAAAUUGGUUCUCAGUAGACCUAAAAACAGGGAUGCUGACCAUUACUCUGGAUGAAAGUGACUGCUUUGCUGCCUGGGUCUCCGCGAAAGAUGCUGGCUUCAGCAGUCCCGACGGGUCAGACCCAAAGUUGAACUUAGGAGGACUUCUCCUCCAGGCUCUUCUGGAGUACUGGCCGAGAACACAUGUGACUCCCAUGGAUGAAGAAGAGAAUGACGUGAACCAUGUGAGUGGGGAGCAGGAGAGCAGAGUCCAGAAGGGGAAUGGGUAUUUCCAGGUGCCCCCCCACACCCCUGUCAUCUUUGGCGAAGCUGGAGGUCGCACACUGUUCAGGCUGCUCUGCCGGGAUUCCGGGGGUGAGACUGAGGCGAUGCUUCUCAAUGAGACAGUACCACAAUGGGUGAUUGACAUCACUGUGGAUAAAAAUAUGCCCAAAUUCAACAAAAUUCCUUUCUACCUCCAACCUCAUGCAUCUUCAGGAGCAAAAACUUUAAAAAAAGACAGACUCUCUGCCAGUGACAUGCUACAGGUCCGGAAGGUGAUGGAGCAUGUCUACGAGAAGAUUAUCAACCUGGAUAAUGAGUCUCAAGCCACCAGCUCUUCUAAUAACGAAAAGCCCGAGCAGGAAAAGGAGGAGGAUAUUGCUGUGUUGGCAGAGGAGAAAAUUGAACUUCUGUGCCAGGACCAGGUUUUGGACCCAAAUAUGGACCUACGAACAGUAAAGCACUUCGUGUGGAAGAGCGGCGGGGACCUCACGCUCCAUUACCGGCAGAAGUCCACGUGAAGGGCCGUCUCCUGGGUUAUUCGUCAGCCUUCCUAUGUGGCCCCGAGUAGUCCUAAGAAGCCCACCAAGCUCUACUGGGAGCAGGACCUCCAGCGGCCGAUUGGUGAAGUGACCAAUCGAGAUGUAAUAUAGAACCAGGCUCCAUGCAUAGAUUAAGGUGUCCCCAGGGACUCAGUGCAAGGAGCGCAGAGCCCCAGGCAGCCCUUGGAGGAACAGGCCAUGCAGACUUUGCUGACUCCUUUUGAAGGACCCACCUUCGUCUCUUAGCACUUGUUAGAGGAUCAGAGGGGCCACAUCUGUCACCACCCACGAGUUCUGCAGCUUUUCUGAGUGCAUUCCACUCGUGCAGUACCUAUGAAGGCUUUUUCCAAAUUUGUUUUCAUCAUCAUGUAAGAGUUGUUUUAAUGGGAAUCAUCACUGUUGCACAAUUCAAGACCAGCCCAUUUCAUGAGAAACGACCAUGCCAGGCUACUUGUGAAAUACCGAGUCUCAGCUCUGCUCUGUAGGAAGACCUUCUGCCUGCCACUCCAGGGCGAGGGAGGGCACCCACCUGAGUUGUGAAGCACUGUCCCAUAGUAACCUGGCCACCGCACCACAGCCUGAAGAGCUGUGACCACUCGCUUCCUCCAGCACCCGGCCUUCCUUACAGGCAGCGUCAGCGGAAGCACAGCCUCGCACCCUGGCUGAACAGCAUGAUGCUGUCCAAACUUAACAACCAUGCUGAAGCUUCAAUUUCAUUCAGAUGCUACCUAAAUUUUAUGUUGUUAGAGUAAAAGGAUUUCACAGUGAGUUGGUUUGAUAUUUAUAUUGUGGUCCAUGUUUGUUUUUCCAGCUUUUUAUAUGCGGGCUUUUGUUGUACCUGCGUCCAGAUCUUUCCUCUGUCUUUCUAACAAUCAAAAGCUUUCAUAGACUCAACUUGGAUCUUGUACAGAAUAUUAACUUAUUGGGGAUAAACACUUCAUCUUUGGCAGAAAACACUUUGGAUUCUUCCCAAGGUCAUUGCCCUUCAGAUAGAUCAGGGUUCCCCUGAGACGACAAGCCUUGAACAAAGCCAGAAGCACAAGUGCCUUCAGGGGCAGUUUAUUCCAGUCCAGUCGCCUCCCACCCUGUGUGGCUGUCCCCACAGGACCAGGGACUGGGAGGGCUUGCUUUUCUACGUCUUCACAGGUUCUGCUGGGGGCAGCUGAUGGGUCCAGGUCCGUCCCUUACAAAAUGAGGCGUCGAUCCGCACAACCGCAGAACAGGCCCCCCUCACUGCUAACUGUGGGGCACAGACAUGCCAUGGCUUCCACGAGUGAGCAAAGACAUUUCCCAGGGUUAAAAUUUCUCCCUCCCACAGAGCAACUGGCGGCUUUUUUUUUUUUUUUUUUUAACAGAAGUCCUUUUUACCUGUCUGUGUCGGACACAACAGUGCACUUUUGGUGCAUAUUUUUAGUGAUAGCGUGGGGUGGGGUGGGGCCCCCAGCAGUGUUUGCAGGAGGGGCCUCUGCGUUUGCACUAAGGUUUGGUGGCUGGCGGCCCAGUGCUGAGCACAGGCAGCCAUGCCCUGUGGUGGAUUUAACCCCUGCAUGGUUUUACCUUUUCCCCUUGUCAAUCAGUAAUGAGUUCCAGAAAAUUGGAAGUGCAAUGCCAAGAGGGCCAGAGUCUGUAUUUCAAGUUGUAUAGAAUAAAGCUUUAGUUAAAAUA